AUGAGCCGCCAGUCUCAGAAAGCAGCACCUCCUGCUGCACUUUCAAGAUGGUUUGGCUCCUUCAUUGCGGCAUGGCUUGGUAUCAAGCUCCUACAAUCAAAGCGGACUCCAGGCUUCACCGAGACGAUCACAGCGCCCACUGUCAUAAACAGUGAAACCUCUUUACCAACCUCAGAUGCCGUUCUCGACCCAAAACAAGACGCCUCCCCCAAACAGCCCGUAAGGACAGUCCACUACGCUGGCCGAACCCUAGACCUGACCCUUUUCGCCGUCACCCGCGCCCUCGACGUGAUCUUCGGAGAACUCUGGUCCCACUACAAAGCCCGUCGUCAUGCCUCUCCCACCACCACCACCGCCACCGGCAGACUCACCGAAGCCCUUAUCUCCCGCCUCACUGACCCAGCCAUCUUCGCCCUCUCCAGCGCCCUUAUCAUGUGGACCUGGUUCUACCAGCCCUCCCGCCUGCCCCGCGCCUACAACAAAUGGAUCACAUCUGCCGCCUCCGUCGACAACCGGCUGAUCGAGGCCCUCCGCCGGUGUCGGGCCGGCACCCUCGUGUACGGCAAAGAUACAGGCCAGGCGCCCUUGCUGGGCAGUAUGUGCAAGGACUACGACUGGCCCGAAGCCUGGGGUGACCCGGCGAAAGCCGUGCCUUUUCCGUGCGAGAUCGUCCACAUGGGCUGCGGCCCCAGCUGCGAGCGGCACGCGCUGUCGCGGUUUACGAGGUCGUUCAAGUGGGCGUUCACCAUGUACCUGCCGCUGAACUUGCUGCUGGUGCUGCGCAAGCCGAACUGGAAGGCGCUGAAGAGGACGUUGGUUUCGGCGUGCGGGUCGUCGGCUUUCCUAGGCGCGUUCAUCACCCUGUUCUACUACGGCGUGUGUCUGGCGAGAACGAGGUUGGGGCCGUAUCUUAUGGGCAGAGACGCAAAGGGGUGUCAGAAGAUUGAUGGUGGGCUUUGCGUUGGCACGGGGUGUGCGCUGUGCGGAUGGAGCAUCUUGCUGGAGAACGCGGGGAGGAGGAAGGAUAUGGCGCUGUUUGUGGUGCCGAGGGCGCUGGCUACGUUGUUCCCGAGGAGAUAUGAUUUGAAGAAGCAGUGGAGGGAGACGGUGGUGUUUGCGGCUAGCACGGCGGUCGUGUUUACGUGUGCGCUGGAGAAUACGAAGAGGGUGAGAGGUGUUUUGGGAGGGGUUUUGGCCGGUGUGUUGAAGCCGUGA